CCGCGGCGGUGGCGUGCGGUGUGUUACGGUGGUGAGACGUGCCACCUCAGUCCGCGGUGUCGGAGCGGGCGGCUGCCGAGUGGAGUCGCGUCUCGGUGGGAUCAGAUCCGGCCCGGGUCGGUGUGCCGGUGCGGCCGGUUUGUGGCCGUCGCGCUCGUCUGACCGGCCUCGGCCGCCGCUCGGAGGCAGCCGGCGCCGCGCAGUGGGGCAGGACAGUGUGACCGGCGCGGCGACCUUCGGCCCAGCGCCAGCGACCGCCGCCACAUACAGAACAUCGGCACGGCGUCCGGCCUGUCCCCCGAGCAGUGCCACCAGCUGAUGACCAACGAGUUUCUGGCGCAGCUGGAGACGCUGGACCAGAGCUGGAUGCAGCGCGUGUCGGUCUCGCUGGCGCGCCGGCCGCCGGCCGGUGAUCAGUGAGCCCGCCGCCGGCCGGCCACCGUAGUGCAGUGUAGGCGCGCGGCGGGGCCCGGCGUCCGGUGCAGCGCGCGCAGGCCGGCACGGCGCGGACCGGCGCCGCCGGAGAGCGCCGUCGCCGGCCCGGAUGGGCUGAGCGCCGGCUGGCCGUCUCUCCGCCGGGCGCGCCGGCAGACAUGUCCUGCUCGGACGCCGACGAUCGCGAUGAGACCAAGCGGCAGUCGCGCAACACCAACGAGAAAAAACGUCGCGACCAGUUCAAUGUGCUCGUCAAUGAGCUUUCGCGACUGGUGGGCGGCGCCAGCCGCAAAAUGGACAAAUCGGCAGUGUUGCGCGCCACCAUCGGCUUCCUGCGCGCGCACAAUGAGACGUCAGCGCGCAGCCGAGACGAUGAUACUCGCGAGGAGUGGAAGCCGUCCUUUCUGACGAGUGAUGAGUUCACGCAGCUCAUGCUCGAAGGUCUGGACGCGUUCAUUCUGGCGUUCAACCGGCUAGGGAAGAUCCUGUACGUGAGUGAGAACGUGGCGUCGCUACUGUCGCUGCUGCCCGAGGACGUGCUGUUCCAGUCGCUGUACGAACUGAUGCCCGCGGAACAAAGUGCCGCGCUGUACGACCUGCUGAGCCGGGGAGACGCCCCGGCGCAGGACGGCGGCCAGCGCGGCCGAUUCUCCGUGAUGCUUCACCUGCGGCGCGGCGGCUCGACGGGCGCCGCUCCGCAGUACGAGCUGGUGCAACUCGCCGGCCACGUGCACCCGACGGCGGCCGGCGCGGCGGGCAGCGGCGGCGACCACGCCGGCGCCGUCUAUAUCGGCAUCUGCCGGCUGCGGACGUGCCAGCUGGUGCGCGAACUGGUGCUCACGCCGAGUGACAACGGACGCCGCGAGUUCUCCUCCCGGCACAGUCUCGAGUGGAAGUUUCUGUUCCUGGACCAUCGGGCGUCCCAUCUGAUAGGCUACUCGGCUAUGGAGGUUCUGGGCACGUCUGUGUACGAUUACUACCACGGGGACGACCUGCACGGGGUGGCCGACUGCCACGAGCAGCUGAUGAGGGUCGGCCAGGGAACCUCGUGCUUUUACCGGUUCCUCACCAAGGGCCAGAAGUGGUUGUGGCUGCAGACCAAGUACUACAUCACCUACCACCAGUGGAACUCGAAGCCCGAGUUUAUCGUGUGCACGCACUCGGCGGUGAGUCUAGCCGAGGUACGCGCCCAGCAGCCGCGGCCCCGCUGCGCCACGCCGCAGCCGGCGCCGGCGCCGCAGCUGCUCACUGACGCUGACCCGCUGUGGUCGCCGGCGGUCAGCGGGCCGCCGCCGGCCACGGUCGCCUCGCCCUGCGCCAGCUACGAGGCCGUUUCACCGGCUGACAGCCUGUACCUGGCGAGCGCGGCCGCCGAGCCGGCUGGCGGCGGGCCCCUCUGCAAGUCGGAGGGUGCGCCCAGUCCACUGGGGCUGCACUGUGUGCAGGUGAUGCAGCAGCCACAGCAGCAGACUGUGACACCGGAGCAGCAGCAGCAGCAGCAGCAGCAGCAGCAGCAACAACAACAACAGCAGCAGCAGCAGAGGCGGCGGCAACGGCAGCAUCAUCAACAGCAGCAACAAUAUCAGCAGCAGCAGCAACAGCGGCAACAGCAGCAACAGCAGCAGCAGCAGCAGCAGCAGCAGCAGCAACAACAACAACAACAGCAGCAGCAGCAGCAGCAGAGGCAACAGCAGCAAUACCGGCAACACCACGCGGCGCCGCCGCUACCGGCACCAAUGCAGCAGCAGCCUCAGCAGCAGGCGCAGCCUCAGCAGCAGGCGCAGCCUCAGCAGCAGCAGGCACAGCAGCAGCAGCCGCAGCAGCAACUGGUGGCCGCGCCGCAGCGCUCGGCGGUAACCCAUACGCAGCUGCAGGUGCAGGACAGUCUGCUGCUCAAGCACCACCAGCUGCAGCAGCGCAUCUCGCAGCAGCAGCAGGAGCUGGCGCAGAUCAACCAGCUGCUGCUGGCCAACUGCAGCAUGGUGAUGCCGCCGGCCUCGGCGCGGCCGGUGGCGCCGCCGCCGCCGCGACUCCUGCUCACCUCGCCGACCGGCCAGCCGCGCUACAGCAUGGUGGAGCUGGCCUCGCUGGCGCCGCCGCGCUCCGGGGCGCUGCUGCUCACCGCGCCGCCGGCAGCGCCCGUCAGCUCUCCGGCGCCGCUGUCGCGCGUGCUGCUGUCGUCACCGGGCGCACCGGCCGGCGGCGGCGUCCCUCCCUCCUCCGAGAUGCUGUUCGAGCUGCCACUGCCGCCGGCGAGCGGCGCAGACCGACCGACGCGGUAGCAGUCGCCGGCCGGCCGCGCGGCGCGUCUCCCUCUCUCAGGCUCCUCUCAGUACAAAGGUCGCGAACCGGCCGCGCCUCCUAGUCGCGGCCGCGGCCGGCCGGGCGCCGCGGAUCGAGGGGCGUCCAGCGCCGCCCCGGGACUGGGCCGACACCGCCGCGCCGUGUGGGUGUUCAGCGCGGCCGGGCCGGGACGAGCGGCCGGCGCCGCCGCGCCGCGGUGCCAUAUCCAGCCUCCGCCGAGUGGCGCCCCGAUGUUCAGAGCGCCCCGUCUGCGUUUGUGUGCGUGUGUGCGUAUGUGUAUGUGUACUGGCGCGUAUCCGCUCCGUAAUAUAUGCGCAAUCAGUGCUGA